ACCACAUCACUCACACACUCACACACUUCGAGGGGAUGAGGACCCCGUGUGCCAAUUCUUUUAACGCUUCCAGCGAUGGUUUCUGACUCUGUCCUUAGUUCAUCUCGACCGUCCCGGCUUGGGAUGAAUGUUACAAGAAUAUAUACCACAGAAUCCGGCAAUCUGGAAGUCACGUUGGCAAUUUAGGAGAAGAAGAUACUCACAAGAUCAUUCACAAAGAAGAUCCUAUCCGGAAACCGAAAGAGGUGCUGCAGGGAAAAACUAUCGGCGUUGUGUAACAGGGGACCUCUUUCAGCUCCCAAGCGAGACCGGAAGUUUCAAACGACUUGGCGCUCUCCUCCACGAAUCGCAGCUUUUUUU